AUGGUUCCAUUUGAGAGGUUUAGUCUCUUCAGUGAUGGGUGCUGUGACCCAGGCCCAAUGCCUCGGACUGUGUCCGGUGUCCCAAGUCUUAUGUGUCAUAUCCGUUACCCUCUGCCAAUAAGUCAUCGGUAUUAUCAGCCAGGGGACCUGAGCAUUGCUGGCAUAAUUUCUCAAGUCUUCACAUUUUCCAACCCUGUGACUUACAACCAGUAUCCAUCUCACAACCUCCUGGAUGAGAUUGGCCAUUUUCUUCCAAGUGGUACUAUACUCGCUUCUCUGGAGCUUCUCUCCACAUGGGACAACUUUAUUCCAAACUACAAAUGUGAUACUAAAGAUAAUGCUAUGGCAGUCAUUGGGGGACCUGAUUCAGAUGUGGGUUUCUUUAUGGCAACCAUUUUGAGCAUCUACAAGUUACCACAGUUCACUUAUGGUUCUGCUCCAGUAAUAAAUGACCGGUCCCAAAGUGUCUUUUCUUUAAGGAUGUUCCCUAGUAGGGGGUAUCAAUAUUUGGGAAUCCUACAACUGCUGCUUCUUUUCAGGUGGAUCUGGAUUGGAGUUAUUUUUAUAGAUGAUGAGAACGGGCUGAGAUUUGUACACACGAUACUGCCCAAGUUUUCCAAGAACGGCAUCUGCUUUGAUUUUAUAGAAACUUUGCCCACCCUGUAUUUUGCCUCUGGUGUUGAUGGAAUGGUGAAUAAAUGGAUCAGAAUAUACAAGAUACUCAGUGAUAGCACAGCCAACGUAGUGCUCAUACAUGGAGAAAUUCACACUAUGAUCUUUUUGAGGAUGUUCCCUCGCGUUUCAGAAUUUGAGAACAUACCCAUUAAGACCAAGAGCAAAGUCUGGAUUAUGACAGCCCAGAUGGAAUUCACGUCAGUUCCCUUUCUCAAAGACUUUGAGAUUGAUGUUAUCCAUGGUGCUCUAUUGAUCACCCUUCAUUCAACGGAUGUGAUGGGAUUUCAAACAUUUCUUAAAAGAAGAAACCCAAAUGAGGAAAACGGAGAUGGGUUCAUCAAGGACUUUUGGCAACAGGUCUUCAACUGUCACUUCUCUUCUUCAAGAGAGCACAAGAUCAAUGGAAAUGUCUGCACUGGGAAAGAGAAGGUGGAGACACUUCCUGGGUCAGUUUUUGAAACCACGAUGACUAGUCACAGCUACGGCCUCUACAAUGCAGUUUACACCAUGGCUCAUGCUUUGCAAUCCAUGGAUUCAUCCCAGUUCAACUCCAGGGUGACAGCAGAGAUAAAAAGAAGGAAUUCCAUCAGUAAAGAACGAUGGCAGCUCCACCAUUAUUUAAGAAGCCUCUCAUUUAACAAUAGCCUUGAGGAAACAGUUUCUUUCGAUGAAAACAGAGAACUAAAAACUGGGUUUGAUAUUAUCAAUUGGGUGACGUUCCCAAAUCAGACUUUUUUUCGGGUCAAGGUGGGGAAAAUUGAUCCCCUUGCUCCAAAGGACAAUAUCCUCUCCAUUUGUCUGGAUUCCAUUGUAUGGCCCAGGCCAUAUAAUAAGGAACCACCCUCUUCCUUGUGUAAUGACCUUUGCCGUCGGGGUCACAGGCGGAUAAAAAUGGAAGGCAAUCCUUUCUGCUGUUAUGAUUGCCAUCCCUGCCCAGCUGGGGAGAUCUCAAGCCAGAUGGAUAUGGAUUCCUGCACUCCAUGUCCAGAAGAUCAUUAUCCAAACGAAGACCGGGAUCGCUGCAUCCCCAAAGAUGUCAGUUUUCUGAGCUACGGAGAACCUUUGGGGAUCAGCCUGACAACCCUUGCUGUCUUCUUUUCUUGCACAACGUCUCUAGUGCUUUGGAUCUUCCUUAAGUACAAGGAAACUCCCAUCGUCAAAGCCAACAAUCAGAACCUCACCUAUGUCCUGAUCAUUUCCCUCCUGCUCUCUUUUCUUUGCCCUUUGCUUUUCAUUGGUCAGCCUGAGCAAGUGAGCUGCCUGCUUCGCCAGACAACUUUUGGCAUUAUCUUUUCAGUGGCUGUUUCUUGCAUUUUGGCCAAAACUUUCAUUGUCAUUCUGGCCUUUAUGGCAACCAAACCAGGCUCCAGGAUCAGGAAAUGGGUGGGAAAACCACUGGCCCAGUCUAUUGUCUUCUCUUGUUCUCUUAUUCAAGUCACCAUUUGUACAAUAUGGCUGGCAACUUUUCCUCCAUUCCCUGAUGUGGACAUGCACUCCCUGGCUGAAGAAAUUGUCUUGGAAUGCAAUGAGGGUUCAACUGUCAUGUUCUACUGCAUCCUGGGUUUCAUGGGCUUCUUGGCCAUGAUUAGCUUCACUAUGGCUUUCCUAGGAAGAAAGUUACCAGACAAUUUCAAUGAAGCCAAGUUCAUCACCUUCAGCAUGAUGGUCUUCUGCAGCGUCUGGCUCUCCUUUGUUCCAACCUACCUCAGCACCAAGGGGAAGUAUGUGGUAGCUGUGGAGGUCUUCUCCAUCUUGGCUUCUAGUGCUGGUUUACUAGGCUGCAUUUUCCCUCCCAAAUGUUAUAUCAUUUUGAUCAGACCUGAGCUGAAUGACAGGCAGUACCUGAUGAGAAGGAAAUAA